CAUCAUCCAACAUGCCAAUGUUCAGUGCGUAUUCCCUUGCACUUUGCGCCACCGUAUUUGCUACUCAUUUAUGGUUCAAGGCUCAUGAACCCAAGUCCAUGUUGCCUUUUCUCGCCACAAUUCUCAUAAUUCCUACUUUUCCAGCAUAUGUCUUGAGCUGUAGCCAGAUUUCGCCGAUUCUUGCCUGCUGCCUGGCAUAUCCUAGCUUUUACAUGCUCCUCUUCAUUUCCAUUGGAUCAUACCGGUUGUCACCCUUUCAUCCGCUUUCAAAUUACCCUGGUCCCACCAUAGCCAAAAUCUCUAAGGUUUGGACUGUACACAAAUCAAUGGAUGGGAAGCUUGCACAUUAUUACAAAAUGCUCCAUGACCAAUAUGGACCAAUUGUCCGUGUAGGACCCAAUGAGAUUUCGGUUGCUGAGAAGGAUCUAUUGCCUUUUAUUAUUGGUACCCAAGGAAUGCCCAAAGGUCCACUUUGGGAAGGGCGAGCCAUCACACCCAAAAAAAAUCGUAACCAAUCAAAUUACAGUCUCAUUGGUGUGCGAGAUCUCACGCAUCAUUCACAUCUUCGCAAAACCUGGAAUCGUGCAUUUUCCGAGGAACCAUUGCAAGAUUAUCAAGAUAUUCUUAUUCAGAAUGCGAAUAACCUAGUUGAGGUCCUUGAAAAGCGGUUCAUGGAAGGAUCUGUUGAAUUAGAUAUUGCGAAUGUCAUCAACCUCUUUUCUUUUGAUUUCAUGGGAGAUUUAGCCUUUGCUGCGAAUUUCGAUGCGCUACGCAAUAAUGAUGCAAAUCACUUUCAGAAAAAUAUGGAGAGAGCUCUACUUACUCCUGCACUCACAAUGCAAAUCCCCUGGUCUGUAGCCAUUGUCCAGGCAUUUCCGUGGCUCAGUACGUCGCUCCGGAGUUUUGGAGCUUUUGCUGUUUCACAAGCAAAGUUGCGAGCUUCAAAUGAAUCUCGCAAGGAUCUAUUCUAUUAUCUUAGGUCCUACUCUGAUGUUCCGCAGGACUCAUUAUUUGCUUUCAUUGUUUCGAAUGCAGUGCUCGCUAUUAUCGCCGGUUCUGACACAACUGCAUCAGCCUUGUGUAAUGCAAUUUAUUACCUUGUAGCAAAUCCAAAGGAUAUGCAAACCCUUCAGCAGGAGAUUGAAGAAGCAUUCCCGGACAGUGGCACAAAUAUUGACAUCCAAAAACUCGAUAAAAUGCCGUGGCUUAAUGCGGUGAUCAACGAAACUCUUCGACUUCAACCUCCAGUUCCCAGUGGUUUACAAAGAGCACCAGCAGUCGGAAGUAAAGGUAAACUUGUUGGAUCUCAUUAUAUCAAGGAAGGCACUUCAGUGCUGGUUUCACCUUACGUCCUUCAUCGGGACCCACGUUACUUCUUUCCUCACCCCGACAAAUACUGGCCUGCACGAUGGCUACCGGAGAAUGCAGAUAGUGUCACUUUAGACACAUCGGCGUUUAUACCCUUCUCACAGGGGCCUGCUAAUUGCGUAGGGAGGCGUCUGGCAAUUUUCGAACUGAGAUACGUCUUGGUCCUUCUCUUCAGUCGAUAUGAGUUUUCUUUUCUCUCUGGAUGGGAUGCAGCCAAUUGGGAAAGAGGUUUGAAAGACCAAUUUGUACUUGCAAAGGAUGUACUCAAGGUUACAUUGACCCAUAGAACAAGGAAAAACUAGUAGCUAGUAGCAUAUAUUAUAUUGCAGUGAUCCAGAUUCCAGAACCUCUGUCAUGAACUUGAUACCCUAAGUUAUCAAGAUCAUUUAUGCUGUCUAAAUUGACAAUCUACUUUCAAGUUGGACAAUGAA